AUGAAGAAUGGGGCUCAGUGGGCAGAGCUGGCAGGCCAUGACUACGUGCUGGACCUGGUGUCAGACCUGGAGCUGCUCAGGGACUUCCCACGACAGAAGUCCUACUUCAUUGUGGGUGCAGAAAAGCCCAUGGCCACCAGGGGAGGCCUGAGAGCGGUGUUUGGGAACAGCUGGGACUCGGACGAGGACACCCCUACUAGGCCCCAGCCACAGGGGCAUGUGCCCAAAGUCGCUGACUCCAAUGGGUACUGCAGCCACAAUGAGGACAGUGCAAAUGGGGAGACUGAGGCCCAGAGAGACUUAGACAGCCUUGGAGAGCCUGCUGUGUCCCACAGAGGGCUGGACUGCUACCUGGACAGCCUCUUCGACCCUGUGCUGUCCUAUGGGGAUGCGGCGUAA